UGGUUGAGACCCAACCGCUACAUUCAACCAGCCUGUUUCCUGCAUGGCAAAUACCCUUUGUCUAAGAGGAAAUGACAUCACAGCGACAGGACCUGCCACAAAUACACUGAAAACAGAUGAGGACCAAACGUCUUUCAGAUGAGUUUUGACUCUGAGUUGGACACAGUUCAACCUCUACUGCACAAAGGAAAACCUAUGAGGCAAAACAGUCAGGCCGUAAAACAGCUUUUGGAACGGCCACUGUGAAGUAUGUCUGCGGGAAACAUAGAGACUCCGCGAGACUCAACAUGUCAAAGUGGGACUGUUGUUUUUUUCUCGAACCCUUUGAUGAGUGAUGUUCAAUCAGACUGGUCUCCAGUUCAUGAUGCUGCCUUUAAUGGACGUGUCCUCUCUCUGCAAAGACUCAUUGCUCAGGGUACAUGCGUCAAUCUGAGCACUCUGGACCAGGUUUCUCCCCUCCAUGGAGCAUGUAUGCAAGGCAACGUGGCUUGUGCCAAGCUUCUGAUUGAAAAUGGGGCAAAUGUAAACAGUUCAACAGUGGAUGGACAAACUGCCCUGUCAGAAGCUUGUGCCCGGGGCCAUGUGACCUGCGUAUCGCUGCUCCUUCAACAUGGAGCAACUCCCUCAGGGACCAGCCAGUCCAGCUCUCCAAUCCAUAGGGCUGCAGCAAAAGGUCACCCAGAGUGCAUUGAGUCUCUCGUUCAGUACGGCGCAGAUGUGGAUCAGUAUAUCGACCAAUCAGGUUUCCCUCUCCACGUUGCCUGCUCCAAUCAGCAUCUGACUACUGUGAAGAAACUUCUUCAACUUGGUGCUAGUGUGAACAACUGUGUGUCUGGUGACUCCCCACUGCACAUCACUGCUCGUCUGUCCAGCCCUGAGUUGGUGUCUGUCCUGCUUGACCACGGGGCCGACCACUCCCUAAGGAACUCAGAGGGCAAACAGCCACUGGAACUGGCACCUCGCAACAGCCUGGUGGAGAGGCUGUUGAGACAAGCAGGAGGAGUGUCUCCUCUAACGCAGCUGUGUCGGCUGCACAUCAGAAAAACUGUGGGCAAGCAGAGGCUGGGUGGGAUUCACGACCUUCACCUUCCCAGAGAAGUGAAACAGUAUCUUCUGUACCAAUCAGACCCAGGGGGAGAUCGAAUGCACUGAGUAACUCAACUAUCCAUUGCCAGAGCUUGAGAAAUUCCCUUCUAGGCCAGCAGGGGGAGUACUUGCUAUAUAAUUGCUCGUAGUUGUGGUAGUAAUUAACUGUAAUUCUUUCUUUGUGGCAGACCUCUGUAAACAAACUGAACAAGAUCAAUCUGGACUUUUAUGUGGAAACUUUAAAGUCUUGGAGCAAGUUUUUAUCAUUAAAUAUUCAUAACAUAUACAUAUUUAAAAUGAGAAUAUGGGCUCAUACGGUCUAAUAAAUGUUGCAAAAUUAAUAAGAUAAGAUAAGAUAUUCCUUUAUUUGUCCCACAAUGGGGAAAUUCCAAUGUUUAAUAAAGUUUUAUAUACUGAAAUUACA